UCAUGCAGGAAAGAGAACAUGUUGAAGUACCCGGAACUCUACAAAACCUCCCAGAAUGCCAUGGGUUUCAACACCAAGAUACAGUCUUCGGAAACGGAAAGACCCCGGACUAUCUCCUCUUAGGCAACAUGGUUUAUACAUUUGUGGUCAUCACCAUGUGCCUCAAAGCUGGCCUGGAGACCUCGUCUUGGACUAUGUUCAGUCACAUUGCCAUCUGGGGCAGCAUCAGCCUGUGGGUGGUGUUCUUCGGUAUCUACUCCUCUCUGUGGCCACUCAUCUCUCUGGCUCCGGACAUGUCUGGCGAGGCUGACAUGAUGUUCAGUUCGGGAGUCUUCUGGAUGGGCCUGGUCUUUAUCCCUGUCACCUCCCUGGUCUUUGACAUGGCCUACAAAGUUCUGAAGAAGGUGUUCUUUAAGACCCUGGUGGAUGAGGUAAAGGAGCUGGAAGCCUUUUCCAAGGACCCCGGAGCCGUGGUGCACGGGACGAGUCUGACGGAGAGGGCACAGCUCCUGAAGAACGUCUUCAAGAAGAGCACCAUGAGUCUGUACCGAUCAGACUCCAUGCAGCAGAACCUACACGGAUACGCCUUCUCUCAAGACGAGAACGGAGUUGUCUCCCAGUCUGAGGUCAUCCGGGCGUACGACACCACCAAACAGCGGACCAACGAAUGGUGAAACCACGCCGCUCUCGGCCAGGACAGCCUAUCACGAUUCACAGUCGUUUUCCGGCAGCGAUUUGAAUCUGAAGGGGGCAGCCUCUGGAUAACCCUAGCCCGAGCCUCUCGGGAAUUUGGACGUGACAUGUCUUGUACAUCAAAAAUGGAAAGUAACUAGAAACAAAAAAGCAUUCAAAAAGUCUUCACUGUGCUGUAGUUGUGUUUCCAGUAGACAUAAGCACGGUGCUUGCAUUUUUAACAGUCUGUGGUUGAAAUUCCUUACUGUUCCUGCUCAGUUAAAUGUGUUGAAGUAUAACCAACUUAAUGUCUCCUCCUUUCAUAUUAAUAGAAAAAAUAUGAGCAUUGAGCCAAAACAAUCUAUAAUUUUGUCAAAAACUGUCAACAUUUUUAGGUAUGUGUACUCCAAUUGGUGACAGAAUAAUACAGAUUCGUUUUUGAUAAAAUAAAAUAAAAAUGUAAAUGUAGAUUUAAAAAAUAUCCACCAAGCAUAUUAAUAAUUGACCAUUUCAGAACAGACAUUUUGUUGUUUUGUUGUUCUUUUGCGCUUUGUAAAAUAAUGAUCUACUGUAUAAUAAGGCCUUACAUGUGUUCAUGCCUUCAGCCAUCCAUGUUUUUUUUUGUCUUCAAAAUGUUUAUUUUUUAUUUAAGAAGUAUGUAGUUAUCGUGCCUAAAUUGCCUUGUCUUUUUAAUGUCCUGCAACUUAGUCCAAUUUCCAAAAAUGUUGUACAGCAGUUUGAUUGCUUUAAACAAGUAAUUGCAUUCCACACAUUACUCAGCUGUAACAAUCACAAUGGUGCCUAAACUAGACUUUUUCCCCGAUAGAAUACGUAAGAUAUCCUAGCUAGCCAGUUUAGAACAGUGCUCUACCCUUGAUUGGCAAGAUGAGCU